GCCCGGACACGUUAUUUGGACGAGUGAAGUUGUACCCAAGGUACCCCGUGACCUUUUCUGCUGUUCUUCCAAUAUUUGGAAUUCCCGAAGAGGCCAGAGGUCUGAGGUGGUGGUGGACGGAUUUUUUUCUGGCUACUCCCAAUAGAAGCAGCCCCUCAGCUAGUCAUGAUACCAUGACUCGCCAGGCAAGAUGAUGGGGGAGGGGAGUACAGAAGGGAAGUACAUGAGGGUAACGAGAGAGAGAAGGAGAGGUGAAGGAGAAGAGGAGAGAGUAGAUGAUGGGGGAGGGGAAUACAGGAGGGUGAUGAGAGAAAGAAGGAGAGAUGAAGGGGAAGAGGAGAGCGUGAUGAAAGAGAUGAGACGAAAGAAAAAAUGGGAUGAAGGAACAGAUGAGAUGGAAGAAAAAAUGAGAUGGUGGAAGAUAUGAGAUGGGGGAAGAGAUGAGAUGGAGG